GCUUUAGAAUCCACACACCAUUUUUCUUUUAUUUUUUAUAUAUAUAUUUUUUAAUUUUUUUAAUAAAGAAUAUUUAAGAAAGAAAAGAGAGAAAGAAGCGGCAGGGAGACCAUAACGGGGUCUCGUACAAGUUACAACACAAUCUACCAUUUCUCUUUAUUCUUUUUUCUGUUUAUCCGCUCUCAAUUUUUUUGCUUUCCAAAGGCAAAGGGAUCCCAAUGUUUCACCCCACCAACCGCCAUUUCUUCAGCUUAAAGCUUUCCAUGUCCCAGCCUACUCAUUGCUAGAGAGAAGAGAGAGGCAGAGAGAGAGAGAGAGAUACAGAGAAAAGAGAAAAAAAAAAAAAAAAAGAGGUAUAAAAGAGAUUAUUAAAGGAGAGAUAUGGAUGUGGGUAGGAGGAGAGCUGGAGCUGGGACUAGUGUGGUUGCUGGGUCUGUGUGGGAGAGCAGGAUGAAGCAUGAUGAAGUCAGAGGUGGGAUAAAAGUUUUCAAUGGAGAAGAAAAUUCUGAGGAGAGCAAUGGGAUUUCAGCUGGGUCGAAGUUGAAGAGAGGUCAGGCUGCUGCUGGGGCAGUGAGUGCUUCUGGGAAGAGGAAGACUUGGAAAUCUGAGAGCUUUGAGAAGAACCCAAUUCAGAUUGCCAAAGGAAAAACUGAGUCCCCAAGGAAUUCUGAAGAACAGUGCAAGGAGCUGAGUGUCUCUGUUGAUGGGUUGAAGAAGAGCCCAAUUCAGGUGAGAAAGCUUAGAUCUGAGGGGAGCAAGGAAAUUGGUGUUGCUUCUGAUAAAGCUGAGAGGAGCCCAGUUGGGAUUAGGAAGGCAAGGAGUGAAUCGUUGAAGAGUCCUGGUAAUUUGGGGAAGGAAGCUGGUGAAUCUGGUGAAGGAGUGGGGAGGAAUUCAAUUCAGCUGAGGAAAGCCAAAUCUGAUUCAAUUAAGGUUCAGGAACAGUCCAACAAAGAUAAUGAUGGUUCUGGUGCUGCAAUUCAAUUGGGGAAGACGAAAUCUGAGCCCAUUAAGGACUUGGUUGAAUCGGAGAAGGGAGUUGAAGAGUCCAGUGAGGAAAUUGAGAAGAACCCAGUUGAGAUUGGGAAGUCUGGAUCUGAUGAAACAUGCAAGGAGUUUGGUGUUUGCCAAGACAAAGUCAUUUCCAACGGUGAAAGCAAUGUGGAUUUGCACAACUCUGCUCCGAAAGCUGUGGUGGAUGAUAAUGAUGAUUAUGGUGACGAUCAGGAAGAAGAAGAAGUAGAGGAAGAGUUGGGCGAGGAAAUUGAUGAGGUUGAGAUUGAGAUUGAGAUUGAAAAGAAAAGCCUUGAUAUUAAGGAAAUUAAUACACCAGAGCACAAACCCAGUAACGACAAGGUCAUCGGUGAAGAGAAAGUUGUAAAUGAAAAACCCAACAAGGUCAUCAAUAAAGAGAAGGUUGUAAGUGAAAAACCCAACAAGGUCAUCAAUAAAGAGAAGGUUGUAAAUGAAGUAAAUAAGGUUCAUUUUGAGAAGAAGGAAACCAAAAAGUUCCAUCAAAUCCAUCAAAAGCCAGAACCCAUCUCUAUAAAUGUGAAAAAACAGCCUCCUGUGAUUAAACGAGCAACUUUGCAUACAAAUUAUGCCAAAACUACAUUUAGAGCAGCUUCAGAUGAAUACCGUACUUUUCCUGAAUCCCAUAACAGAUUGCAGAGUUUUGUGGAUUUGAUCAUGUGGAAAGACAUAUCAAGAUCGGUUUUUAUCUUUGGAAUUGGAACAUUUAUCAUUCUCUCAUCCUCCUAUACAAAAGAUCUUAACAUCAGCUUUAUUUCUGUCAUUUCCUAUCUGGGUCUUGUCUAUCUUGCUACAGUCUUCCUUUUUAGGUCCAUUAUCUACAGGGGAGUUAUAGAUAUAGAUAAUACAAGUUAUGUUGUGGGAGAAGAAGAAUCAAUUUGGUUGCUGAAACUGGUCCUUCCAUACCUAAAUGAGUUCCUGCUAAAGCUUAAAGCUCUGUUUUCUGGUGACCCUUGCACUACAAUGAAGUUGGCAGCUUUGCUCUUUGUUUUGGCCAGAUGUGGCAACUCCAUAACCAUUUGGACCAUGGCUAAAUUGGGUUUUUUUGGGGUUUUCACCGUACCAAAAGUCUGCUCUUUGUAUUCGCACCAGAUUACUGCAUACGCCAAAUUUUGGGUUCGAAGAUUUCGGGAUGCUUGGAACUCAUGCUCUCACAAGAAAGCCUUGACUGUUGCCAUCUUUCUCCUUGUUUGGAACCUUUCCUCCAUCGUUGCUCGCAUUUGGGCAGUGUUCAUGCUGUUUGUGGCCUUUCGAUACUAUCAGCAAUCCAUAGCAACAGAUGAAUGGAUGGAAGAUGAUGCAGGAGAAGAAGACAUUUGGCAUGAACCCAUUGGAAGAGAUGAACAAGGGAAUGGGCCCACUAUUGUUGACAUUACUAAACAAAAGAAAAAAUUUUAAGAAAUAAAAUGAUGUUGCCAUUUUAUGAUAUCCUCUUCCUCUUCCUCUUAUUCAUAUCAUAGUUCUAAUUUAUUUUAUUGUAAAUAUUUGAUAAUUAGUGAAUAUAUUCUGUUUUCCUCUCUAACAAGUUCAAUAAAAUAAUUUAUUUC